AUGAUUCGUUCUACAAAAGAACUCAAUACUAUUAUUUGUACAUGCAGAAAUUUAAAGCAUCUUGACAUUCCAUCUGGUGACUAUGAUGUAGCUGAAAUUUCUCUCGAAAAUUGGAUAAACUUUCAAAACUUGGAAUAUCUUAAUAUCUCUUGUAAUAUAACACCUGAGUUAGCAAAUGCAAUUGUUAAAUAUUGCAAAAAUUUGAAACACUUGUGUAUAACAAAUUCUUAUCACCAAGUUACGAAUGAAACUGCUUUAAAAAAAUUAACAAAGUUAGAAAAUCUCGAAAGUUUAGUAUUGCUUUAUUCCAUUGAGCUCAGUGAGGAAUCAAUAAUCGCAAUUUCAAACAACUGUAAAAAACUUAAACGUUUAGAAAUUCCUGGUUGCGUUAUAGUACCUUCUAUUCCUGGGGACUCACUUCUUUCUCCAUCUGUUCUUGAUGAGUUAUCAGAAUUACAACAUCUUGAACAUCUAGAUUUGCGUGCGGCAAAAAAUCUCGAAGAUAGUACAAUUAUUGCUAUUGCUAAUAAUUGUACAAACCUGAAAAGUUUAGUAAUCAGUGGUUGCAUUGCUAUUACUGAAAAAGCUCUCUUUGCUCUAACAAAAUUGGAAAGUUUACAAAAACUAGACGUAAGUGUACUCGAUAUUUCAGACAGCUUUAUUAUCAAAUUAAAAGGAUUAAAAGAAUUGUGUUGUGUUGGUUGCGAAAAGCUUACUGAUACUGGUAUCAUUCAAUUUAUAAAAAAUAACCCAGACCUUGAAGAGAUUAGUGUCUGGGAUGUAGAUAACGUUACAAUUGAAUCGGUUAUUGCUGCUGAUCGAGCAACUAAAAAUCGUACAAAUGUUAGUGCACAAUGGACUUAA